GAUUUGCUUCCUCAAGGCUUUUAGGAAGAUGGCGGCGAAUGAAUCCACAGCCGGGAUUCGGUUGAGUGCGCUGUGUCCCAAGUUUUUGCAUACCAACUCGACAAGUCACACCUGGCCUUUUAGUGCUGUUGCUGAGCUAAUAGAUAAUGCCUAUGACCCAGAUGUUAAUGCUAAGCAAAUCUGGAUCGACAAAACACUGAUGAAAGGUGAAAUAUGUCUGACAUUUACGGACAAUGGCAACGGUAUGAAUCAAGAAAAGCUACAUAAGAUGCUCAGUUUUGGAUUUAGUGAUAAGGUGGCAGUGAAUGGUCAUGUUCCUGUUGGACUUUAUGGAAAUGGAUUUAAAUCUGGAUCAAUGAGACUGGGAAGAGAUACAAUUGUGUUCACCAAAAAUGACAUUGGGAUGUGUGUGGGAAUGUUGUCACAGACGUAUUUGGAGACAAUAAAAGCAGAGCAUGUUAUUGUGCCAAUAAUAUCAUUCAACAAACAAAGACAAUUGAUAAAAACUCCUGACUCUGAAGCUAAUUUGAAUGCAAUAUUAUCUCACUCUCUGAUUAAAACCGAAAAGGAACUACUGGCUGAACUUGAUGCCAUCCUCUGUAAAAAGGGAACAAGGAUCAUUAUUUGGAGCUUGCGAAAGGACAAACGUGGUUGCCAUGAAUUUGAUUUUGAGAAGGAUAAGUAUGAUAUCCGCAUUCCUGAAGAAAUUGAUGGAACUGGGAAAAGAGGGUAUAAGAAACAGGAGAGAGCUGAUCAGAUUGCACCAGACAGCGAUUAUUCACUAAGAGCCUACUGCAGCAUUUUGUAUUUAAAACCUCGGAUGCAGAUUAUUUUAAGAGGCCAGAAAGUUCAAACUCAGCUUGUAUCUAAAAGUCUGGCACACAUUGAAAAAGAUGUCUACAGACCGAAAUUUAUGGCUCCUAAAACUGUAAAGAUCACAUUUGGAUACAAUUGCCGGAACAAAGAGCAUUAUGGAAUAAUGAUGUACCAUAAAAACAGACUCAUUAAGGCAUAUGUGAAAGUUGGCUGUCAGUUAAAGGCUAACAAUAUGGGAGUUGGAGUGGUUGGUGUUAUUGAAUGCAAUUUUUUAAAGCCAACUCAUAAUAAACAAGAUUUUGACUAUACAAAUGAAUACAGACUUACUCUCACUGCAUUAGGAGAAAAGCUUAAUGAUUACUGGAAUGAAAAGAACGUAAAGAGAGAUCUGCUAUCUGUGGACCCUCAAAAUCCUAAUAAUCUUGCUGUUGAAGAUAUAAAAAAAAACCCUGAUCAGGUCUGGGUGCAAUGUGAUAGCUGUCUGAAGUGGAGAAAGCUUCCAGAUGGACUGGGAAAGCUCCCUGUUAAAUGGUACUGUGGAAUGAAUGCAGAUCCACAAUUCAGAGACUGCAGUGUACCGGAAGAGCCAGAAGAUGAUGAUGAAAUUACUCACUCAACAUAUGAGAAGACUUAUAAGAAAAGGAAAUCAGAACAACUUCACCAGGUCUUUGAAAAACCUACAAUUCUUUUUACUCCCCCUAGUAAAGAACUGCAACCAGCCCUGAAGCCAAUGGAACCCAUAGUAAAGCCAGUCCAUACUCAAAAGGUUCUUAACUCAAGCUCAGAAAGUACCACUAAUGGAACCAAGCGUUGGGUUGUUACUGAAGAGUCUCCUGUACAAGCUAAGAAGUCAAAGGUUACUGAAUCAGAACCUAUCGAAGUCCCUGACAUUGAUGAUUGUGAUGAUUGUGAUGAAGGGGAUGUAAUCAUACUUGAAGCGAACAGCACACCCAAACCUAAAAGUCUCAAGAAAGAAAACAAUAAAGAACUUUGCCCUGUUCCCUUAGAGGGCUGUGCUGAUUUGGAGACAAAUAAUGUCCCUGCUAUGGAAGACACCUCUGCAGUAGCUACCCAAACAGAAGUAGCUCCCUUGUUUAUUAAAAAGGAAAAAGAUACAAUUGAUGAUAUUACCAGGAGAGAAAACCAGACGUCAGCAGAUGUCCCUGUUUACAGCCAUUGCAAUGGAACUGGAGCACACCAGGAAAACUCUGAAAACCAAUGCCCUAGUCAUCAGAGUCCAGCACAUACAGCCGUUCAAGGGAAAGUAAACUAUAAAAAACUUUGUGAGGACCUGAAAGUAAAAAUGAGAGGUCUUGAGGAACAGCUAACUGAAAUGCAAAACAAAGAAGUGAAAAAGGAAGUUUCUCAUCAGUCGAUACAGACUGAAGAAUAUCCUUUAAACAUAAAUGGAACUCAGACUAAGCAGCUGGCUUCACUGUAUGAGCAAGCACUGAAAGAAAUAAACAGAUUGAAAGUACAAUGUGAGACUCUGCAGAAAUUAAAAUCAGAAGAUGACGCAAAAGGUUUGAAAGCAGCAGCUGACAACAGUGAAAGUCAAGUGGAUGAGAUGGCUGUGCAGCUUGAUACGGUGUUCAGGCAGCUAGAUGCAAGUUGUACUGAAAGAGACCAGUAUAAAAAGGAGGUUGAACAGAUAAAAAAGGAAAACCUGCAGAUGAAAUCGAGGGAAAACAAUCUUAAAAUGGAGGUCGACCAGAUGAAGGCGAUGGUUCAACAGAUGAACAAGGAUGGUGCUUCAACUAGUUCAAUGGUGAUUAGUGAUGAUAGCCUGAAGCUGAGGACUCUACGAGUGAAUGUUGCACAGUUGCUAACAACAUUAAUGCCAGAUUUGGAUUUACAACAAAUAAAUUAUGAGGUUGAUGUGAUUGAUGAGAUUCUAGGACAGGUGUUGGAGCAAACAGAGAAACAAGCCAAAGGAACGGAAUAGUGUUUGCUGCAUUUGUUAAGCAACGAGUGCACAUUUUGUAUUUGUAUUAACUGUCUAUCCAGAAUUAGUAUUUGGUGGAAUUGAGUGACUGUGUAUCAGAAACAAGUGAUUGAUACAGUCUAUGAAAAUAGAAUGUUAAUCAUGUAUGCACCAAACAGUUACCUCGAUUUUUAUAUAAAAUUUCAGAUGUACAGUAAUUCACUAUUUUUUCAUUAAAUUUUAACUUGUAAAAUGAGUCGUUAAGCAUAAAAAUAUUUUUAAAAAUUUUUUUUUUUUUUUUAUGUUAACUUUUCAUGCUGUAUAAUUGCAUUAGAGCUGCAUCCUAACAGAGCUGCAUUUCAUAUAGAUUUUUUUUUUAUAUUUUAUUCUUUUCUAAUCUACUUAAAGGGACAGUGUACUAUAAAAUCAAGCUCCCCUUAAUGUGCUUACCAUGACCUGUUAUACCAGCUGCAGAGUUUAAAAUGUAUGGUAAAUUGCUCCUUUUUGGUAUAUUUUUAUAUAUGAAAUGGCUGUUUCUGCUAAUUAAAACCACAAGCCAAUUAAACGGACUAAGCUUGCGGAGAGAGCAGACUUCAUUAGCUUAUCUCUAUAUUUACCCAAAAUCCUCAUCUUAUCUCUCACAGUGAGAUCAAUACUUUAGCGAGAUCAAUGAAAAAAUUAACAUCUCUAUCCAAGCUCCCACUAGAGGCAUGAUUUUUUUUCUCUAAACCUUAUUUGCAUAGCUUUUCUAUAACUAGUACUUAAAGGGACACUGAACCCAAUUUUUUUCUUUCUUGAUUCAGAUAGAGCAUGACAUUUUAAGCAACUUUCUAAUUUACUAUUAUCAAUUUUUCUUCGUUCUCUUGCUAUCUUUAUUUAAAAAGCAGGAAUGUGAUGCAUAGGAGCCGGCCCAUUUUUGGUUGAGAAACUGGGUUAUGCUUGCUUAUUGGUGGUGUAAGCCUCCAAUAAGCAAGCGCUAUCCAUGGUGCUGAACCUAAAAUGGGCUGGCUGUUAAGAUUUACAUUCCUGCUUUUAAAAUAAAGAUAGCAAGAGAAUGAAGAAAAAUUGAUAAUAGGAGUAAAUUAGAAAGUUGCUUAAAAUUUCAUGCUCUUUCUGAAUCAUGAAAAAAAAUAUGGGUUCAGUGUCCCUUUAAGUAAGUAAUUGGGUUGUUAUAACAGGGAAAAGCAGCUAUUUGACAUCAAGGUUAAGGAGCUGUCUGUAAACAAUUUAAAGGGACAUUAAACUGCUGAGUACAAAUUAAUUGACAUGAUUACUACGCACCAUGUUUGUGCUUUUAAUCUUGUGUCUGCAGCUCUUUUUAAAGCCCUUCUAUUUCAACACAUUGCAGAAGCCUUUUGGUAAUGCAUCUUUGGACUGGACGCCGCCAUCUUGUAGCUUGCGUAUUGUUGGGUCAUGUGAUAGACGCAGUGUGCUCUCACAGAUUAGUGAUGCUACUGCCUUGUGUAAACUAACAUGGAGUGCAAGGUACAGCUGUAAUAACACAACAGAAAAUAUAAGCUUUUUUUUCACAGUUUAAAUUUACAUAACAAAUAUAAAAAGGCCUCAGGAAUAAUAUAGAGCUGUGAUGGCGAACCUUGGCACAAUCCAGAUGUUUCAGAACUACAUUUCCCAUGAUGCUCGACUGUACUUCAGAGUGCCUAAGCAUCAUAAGAAAUGUAGUUCUGAAACAUCUGGAGUGCCAAGGUUCGCCAUCACUGAUAUAGAGAAAUGUGCCCACUGCAAAUAUUUACAGCUCUGUUUUGUGCACUAACUGAAGAGAACAACCAGGCUGAUCUGUGAAUGCCCACUGAUGUCACAGUGUGUGAGUGCACUUAAGUGCCAAGAUGGCAGCGUGUGAAGAUAUAGAGCUUCACUGACCAGUUAAAAUAAGAGAACGGCAAACACAAGACGAAAUAGCAUGGUGAGUUCUGUGCUACUGCAGUUGUACCUAGCAGUUUAUUGUCCCUUUAAUACACUCCAGCAGGUAAAUGGAUCAUUGGGACCACAUUAAAAGGCAGACAGAAUCAUGGUGCAGUGUCUCAUUAAGGAAUGUUGGGCAUAAAAACACUGUUUAGUUUAUUUUGCAUAAAGUACUAUAAAGAUUAUUGACCGCUGUAAAAAUCUUUAUACUUAAGUUUUUUCUUUAUGAAUGUUUUAUAUAUUCUGGUAUUUUUUAAGUUAUAAUGUACAGUUUUGUUUGUGAAUAAUGUGCUAUGUUGAUGCUUAAUUUGGAUGAAUCACUCAUGUUAAUACCGAUUCUGGCCAAUCGCAAAAAAAUUGCCAAAAACAAGCUUAUUGUACAUUCUAUUAGUAAUUCUGGUUUUAAUCGUCAGUAGAUAUUUUGCUAUGUCUGUGUACAGAAAAUGCACGUUUAAACAUCUAUGCAAAUGUUAUUAGCAGAACAAACUUGAAGAAUUCUAUUGGAUGUCUAACAGUGCUGAAAUCAGACUAUUAGGGACACAUCAUGUAAAUUUAAAGGGACAUCAAAGAGCUGGCUACAACUACAGCAGCAGGGUUACUACUCAUGCUAUUGUUUUCCCUUGUGCCACUCUUUAAAGGGACACUAAAUAGAUGCUAGAUAGGAUGAUGCAGUCUGAGAAUUACAUGUAGAUGUAGUUUUUCAACGUUUCAUUCAAAUAUCGACAAAAAAGUGUAAAGUUUGAGUGUCUAUAAAACAAUGAGAGCUGCCAUGUUGUAACUUAGGUCACCUCUGCUUUAGCCAACUAGGGACAGUUAUAAAUAGGUCACUAAAGUGUGCAGCCAAUGGCUGUGUGGAAUAUAACAGAGUUCUGCACUUCCAUUUCUAACAGGAACUGAAAAGCUCACAAAUUCAGAAUGAAAUUACAGGAAAAGGGGGCAAAAUAAAUAAUGAAAGUAUAUUGCAAAGUUUUAUAUGAUUUAUCAUUUUAGAUUACCAUCUUAAAUUGAUUAAUGUCCUUUUAUAGCAAUUCUUUUAACUCCUUACAGAAUCCAGCUGGUAAAGCUCUGCAUUUUAUACUGGGGGCCGCUAUCUUGUAGCGUAAUAUCUUGCAGUGCACUUUAAAAGUUCAGUGAUGUUACCGGCUUUCUGAAAGCUGUACUUUACACUUCAGUUUAGCUCACAUAAUAGAGAGCAGAAGCGUUACAUUUUGCAGGGGUUUUUUUUAGCAGUUACGUAACAAAAAAAAGCUCCAAGAUGGUGGUGCCCAGUGUGAAGAUUCAGAGCUUUCCUAAGUGCUAAUUGUAAUGGCAAUAAAAUAAGUGAACGACAUUGAAGAAACAAAUAGCACGUGAGUAGUAAACCUGCUACUGUAGUCUCUUUAAAUUAAAACUAAUUAUUUAGAAGUGAUGGUAAGGCUUUUUUAUCCAGAUACUUUUGAAAAAUGUAUAUUCAAUGUAAAUUUAUCUUGUAUAUUAAAUUAAAACUCCUGAUCUGGUGUUAUCAGGAAACCUAUACAAGUGCUCCUAAAGAGGAACAAAAUCUGAGCACUAUAGCCUAUACCACCUUUCUUUUAUAACCUGUCUUCGUGUAAUUAUGUUUCUCAGAUCCCAGGAAUAAAAUGCAUAUUGUUUUAUAUUUGCCUUUACAUAUGUUUUGUUUAUUUUACUAGUCUAUUUAUAUUUACACUGUACAUGCCGGAUAUGCAUUUUAAUAACUGUGUUCGAGAGAGAAUUCUAGACUUUUUAUUGUGGUACUAUGUAAAGAUUAUUUCAUUAUUGUUCAUUUUGCAAAUAAAAGUAACAAUACAAAAAUA